GAGCGCAGAGGAAGGAAGGAAGGAAUACAACCUCAGUUUCUCUGUUUUACCUUUUUCCUUUUCUUUAUAUAUAUAUAUUGGUGGCGGAUUUUCUCUCAGGAUGUGAAGUUUAAUCGUUUUUUUAUUGGGAUUUGAUGCGCCAGAGGAGGAGCGCUAUGGAAGGGAUAACAGACAACCGGCACUUUUAUAUCCAUAACAGUUUUACCCCGAGUUUAAAGCGGUGACAUUAUCCAUCUUAAUCUCUGUAGUUUUUGUCAUCUUAUUACCCAUAAUUAAAAAAAUAAUAACAAUUGAAUUACAUUUUUUUUUCGGGAUGCUUUCCGUUUAGAGCUUAUAACGCGUAAACCUGCGGCGCGCGGACCAAAAGCGGCCCCAAGAGGGUCUAAUCUGGCCGCAUUUGCAAAGUGUGAAACUUACGUACAAGACUGUAUUUUUUCAAUAAUUUAAUUUAAUUAUUCUUCUUUGCACUGGUUGCACGAGUUGUAGUUGCUUUUAAGUUAUUAUCUUACUGGUUCGCCUCCCUUCAGAUCAAAUUUGGCCCCUGAACUACAAUGAGUUUGACAUCGCUGGUGUUGCACUUAGCUUCCUGACGCAGCCAGUGGAGAAAAAAAAAAAAAAAAGACGAUUUUUACAGUUUGCACAAGUUGAUGGAUUUCCCCCAGCUUCACUGUGAGCGGCGAUAGAUGAGCAACAACAUGUACGCUGGACGGAAACGGAGAAAACCGGCCCAGAAGGGCAUCAAAGUGACGCCGGUCGAAAGCACCAAGUCCAACCCGUCCAAACGCCACCGCGACCGCCUGAACUCGGAGCUGGACCGCCUGGCCAGCCUGCUGCCCUUCCCCGAAGACGUCAUCUCCAGCCUGGACAAACUGUCCAUCCUGAGGCUCAGCGUCAGCUACCUCCGCACCAAGAGCUUCUUCUCAGUGGCUUUGAAGAACCAGCUGUCUAACGGCAUAAGCAAGAGUAGUGAUCACAAAGGUGGCAGCAAGACGGCGGACGGGCGAAUAUCUGAGGGCGAGCUGCUGCUGCAGGCCCUGAACGGCUUCGUCCUCGUCGUGACGGCCGAAGGAAUCAUCUUCUUCUGCUCUCACACCAUCCAGGAUUACCUCGGCUUCCACCAGACUGAUGUGAUGCACCAGAGCGUGUUUGAGCUGAUCCACUCUGAAGACCAGCAGGAGUUCAGGAGGAACCUGCACUGGGCCCUCAACCCCCCCGCGACCCGUGGAUCCUCUGCAGAUUCCUCAGAUGUUGAGUCCACCUCUUCUUGCCUGGUGAGCUACAGCCCCGACCAGCUUCCGCCCGAGAACUCGUCCUUCCUGGAGAGAGGCUUCGUCUGCCGCUUCCGCUGUUUGCUGGACAACUCCUCCGGCUUCCUGGCUCUGAACAUCCAGGGCAGGCUGAAGUUCCUGCACGGUCAGAGCCGGCAGCAGUGUGAUGACGGCGAGGGAAGCCGCCCGCCUCAGCUCGCCCUGUUCGCCAUCGCCACGCCCCUGCAGCCUCCGGCCAUCCUGGAGAUCCGGACCAGGAACAUGAUCUUCAGGACCAAACACAAGCUCGACUUCACCCCCAUGGCUUGUGACGCAAAGGGUAAAAUAGUUCUGGGCUACACGGAGGCGGAGCUUAGGGUGCGAGGGUCCGGGUACCAGUUCAUCCACGCUGCCGACAUGCUCUACUGCGCCGAGAACCACGUCCGAAUGAUAAAGACGGGCGAGAGCGGCCUCACCGUGUUCAGGCUGCUCACUAAGGACAACCGAUGGAAGUGGGUCCAGGCCAACGCCCGACUCGUCUACAAGAACGGGAAGCCGGACUACAUCAUCGCCACCCAGAGGCCUUUGGCAGAGGAGGAAGGAGGGGAACACCUGAGGAAGAGAUCCAUGCACCUUCCCUUCACCUUCGCCACCGGAGAGGCUCUUCUCUACCAGACCGGGUUCCCGCUGCACGGCUUCCCCGACUCCUUCCAGGGCAAAGCCAAGAGCAGCAAGUCCAAGAAAAGCAAAGUGGACAAGAGGUCCGGAGACGACCUGGACCCGAAGUCUCUGCUGGGGGCGUUGAUGAGCCAGGACGAGUCCGUGUACGUCUGCCAGCCGGACUCGGAGCCCAAGAUGUCCUACCACAGCGGCGUGUUCGGCGAGCAACAAAGAGAAGGCGACGGUUUCGAUGGUUGGUUGAGCGGCGACAGCUGGCACGUCGCAUCCAACGGGGAGGCAGGGAGAAGCAACGGCAGGACGCCCAGUUUCGACCCACUUCUGUCCACGCUGGACUCUCUGUCCCUGGACGGGGAGGAAACCUGCUCCAACAGCGAGCUCUUCAGCGCUCUGGAGAAUCUGGGCUUGAACGCCGAGGACCUGGAGCUGCUGCUGCUGGAUGAGAGGAUGAUCCAGGUGGAGCUGGACGCCAACCACAUCCCCACGCUGAGUGACCUCCUCACCAACAACGAAAUCCUCUCCUACAUCCAGGACUCUCUAGAGGGUGGUGCAGCAGGAGAGGACCAGGGUCCUUUAAGCCGCCCGUCAGCUCAGAGCGUCCCCCAGGACGCAUGUUUGACACCUGCCGUCCCUCCACCUCCUCCAAGUAACAGGCAGCCCAUCGUCCAGCUGUCGCAACAGAUGCAGCAACACAUCAGAUCUGCCUCACAUCCCGGACCAGUGACCACCUCUAACCUUUACCCCACCUCCAACAAUCACUGGGCGGCAACCGCGGACACGCACGCCGCCCUCAAACCCACGAGUCUGAACGGCGAACACAAACACCUCAGCGCUCCCCUGGAGUCGGGCAAACAGUGGCAGCUCCACCUCCCGUCCCAGUCCUUCCAGAAUCAGCUCGGGCUGCCGACCGCGAACGGACUCCACGUCCCAAACGGACGCGCGGCCUUUCCAAACCUCUCAGAUUACAGCGUCUCCAACACACCUCGCUCAGGUAGCGCGGCUCUGAACGGCCGGACCGCGCAGGACAUUUGCCACUACCAGAAUCUGGUGGCCGCCGCACAACCCCACCAGCUGCUGCACCCCCAGAAACACCAGCAAGUAGCGCUGUCGUGUUUACCCCACCGUCCCUCCCAGAGCUCGGCCCUGGAGUUGGAGCAGCUCCUGGGUUUGUCGCAGCCACAGCACAGCCUGCCAUCCUUAGAGGCCUACAGCAUGUUCAGCAGCACUCAGGACUCCGUCCACAGCAAGCUGGAGAGCGGUCGCCUCGUCACCGCCGCCAACGCAGCGUACGUCAGGAAGUGUGCGAUGCCCAACGGGAACGGAGUCAUGUCAGGAGACGCCCCCGUCUCGUGCCCAAACGGACUCCCCGCCCUGCAGGACCCCCACAAAUCUGGGUUUUACCUCUGAGAAGGUAGAAACCGCGGAGGAAGACGUCAGCUGCUCUUUUUUCUCAUACCAUUUGUUUUUAUCUCAUAGCCAGAAAGAAUCACAGAAUGUUACAUCUCCACGUCUUGGAAACUAAUUGGAUCUUCGCCCCUUAAACCAAAACUCAUCCCUUUACGAUCUGUAUAUAAUUCACUCUCCAUUCGAUUAUUUUCAUUCUUGAUUUCAGCCUAAAUUUGCAUCAGGAGAAAUCUGAGACUCAGUCCACAGUCAGUCAGCAGUAUUUUAAAAUAUAUUUUGUGCCAUUCAGGUGGAACAAAAGUGAAUAUUUCUCAGAAGACGUUUAUACAGAAUCACCAACAGAGUAUUUAAACAUCAGUGUUUGUUUGUUCCCUAGUUGUAGAUCGACUGUAGGCUUAUAGAUGUGUCCUGGUGCUCUACAUGUCAACAAAAAGCAUUUCUCUCUAUUGUUGAAAUGAGAUUCAAACAGACGGGGAGGGUUAAAAUUAGGACUUUAUUUAUUCCUGCUGCUGCAGAAAGAACAAGCAGCUUUAUCUUAAUGCUGCAUUUUUCUUUUUUUUAGCCUGUUUUUGAGGUUUAUACGAUGAUGUUGUGCACUUACAGAGCAGAUCUGAUUGGUCCGUCAGCGGCGCUGAACUCAAACAUCGAAAAAAAAAAGCAUUUUCUGUUUCCUGACCAGAGACGGGUAGAAAUCUCCGGUUAAUGCCUUGUCUGGGCGGCCUCGGCCGGUCAGACCCACACUGGCUUCCUCCUGCAGUCGUGUCGCCUAGGAAUCACUGAAUGCUCUUACACACACACAGACACACACAGACACACACAAGGCCGACCAUUAACAGUCUAAUGGUAAAUAAUUGAUUAGAACUGAAGGCAGAAGAGGAAGUGCAGUGUAGUUAUUCUUAAAUCCUGUUUUCCUGCAGCUGCAAAGAAAAAGAAAAUCACAAGUUUUCUUUUAACAUUUACCAUUAAAAUGUACUGACGUACAGUUUAAAUGUUAAAGGUGAUCAGCAGUAUUAGUUGGAACCUCCGAAACGAACCAUUGUGCUGUAGGUGGGACGUUUUCGUGGACGUUUGGAAACGUCCGUGCUGCUACUAAAAGCUCAACACAACCACGACUCCUCAUUGUAAAAGUAAAUAAGUCGUGAACACGUGUGCAGACGUUCCUGUAACGUGAUGAGAGUUUGUCUGGCUCCGAUAGGUACGUGUUUAUGAUAGAAGACGAUCAAACUAGAGCUACAAGCGCUCACAACACAACUGAACACACAAAGAAACGGCAACAAGCUAAAUCCGAGAUGUUUCCAGAGCUUUAUGACGUUUGCUACUCGUCACUGAAUCAUCAUAUUUUCAUAUAUUCUCUAAAAUAUGUGUUUUCCUCGUCCAUUCUUGCCAAAACAUGUCCAUUGAAACAUGCUAACUGCCCUUUUCAGGCUUUAUUGUUUGAGAUAUCUGCCUCCAGUUAAGCCCCGCCCCUCAAAAAAAAAACGUCACAUUGUUUACAAACCGUUCAGACGUCUAUAACCUUUUUUUUUUUUUUUUAAAUAUCUUCUUUGCAUUGAUGUGUGUUUUGGUUGUGUUGUGAGUGUUUGCUGCUCAUGUAAUUUCUGUAAUUUCCUUAAACUGUAGGUUUGGGCUUUUUAAUUAGUUAGAAAUGUGCAGUGAUUAUAUUAUCAUCAGGUUAUCAACACACAAAAAGAGAGAAAGAUAUUUGUUUUUUUUUUCAGUGCAUCACAAAAAAAAGAAAGAAAGAAGGGUGGGAGGGGUUAGCAUUUAGCAUUUAGCAUUUAGCACAGACUCAAAAACCAAAAUGAGACCCGUGUGUCUGCAGUCGCUCCGUUGUUGAAUGUCUCGUGUGAAACUGUUUAACGUGAAGCUUUUAUUUCACCACAACAAGGUGCUUGAAAGGCAGAGGUAGCAUUAGGUGACAACACAACAACAACAACAACAACAUGAAAUGCAUUUACAGAUUUGCCUCUUUAAUGUUUUUAUUUUAUUUCCUUUUUUGUAAAACGGUGUUUCUUAUAAAACACUUAUUUAAAAAAUCAGUUGUGAGAUCAAAUGCUGUACGAAAGAAAAAAAAUAUAUAUAACAAUCAUUUUUCAAGGAUAAAAAAAAAGUGUGUGUGUGUGUAUAGUGUGUUUUUAUUGUUGCAAGCACUACUUUAAAACCACUUAUAAACUCUUUCUCCAGCACUUAAAGUAGUCUUGUAGAAAAAAAAAAAGAAGAAGCAUUUUAUGAUGUUGUAUGAAUAUCGUUCCCUAAAGUUUAAUGUUUUACGUUUAUUUUUAAAGACACUUUAGCUCAAAACAGUUUGGUGCCAUAACAGUAAGCAGAGACUUACAGAAACGCUUACAUUCCUUUUCGGUGUCAGCCAUUUUUUGACCAAACUCUCUUUGUUUUUAAGGCACACAGACUUUAUUUUGCUACUUUUUAAAAAUCACUGAAGGUUGUAGUCGUUCUGUAUGUUAUAACAAACUUUUUCAAAAAAAAAAAAAAUGCAGUUUGUCUUCGAGCCGUGUGUUUGAAAUGUGCUCUUGGAUCCUGGAAAUAAAGGAUUUCGUGCAAUCACA